AUGAAGAUGGACUGUGACCGUGGAAAGUCGUCCAAACCCCAGGGGGUCAAAGUGAGCAAAUCAAUUUCCACCAUUUGCUCUUCCUCAAGUAAUGCCAACUGCCAUGAAAGCCACCCCAUCCAAGGCCCUGCGAGGCGAGCUCAGGGUAGGAACCACAGUGAAAAACUGGCCCCGUCCCCAGAUAUCAUGUCAGCUGCUGCUAGAGAGAGUCAAAUGUCAGACUUCUAUAAUGGCAAUGUGGCCAUGGGGUGCCCCUCUGAUGCCUCAGAGAAGCUCCACCAAAGGGCAGCCAAGGAGAGCCGGCGGAAUGGGGAGACCACUCCGAAGGAAAUCGUGGCAACAAAGAGCAUAGCCAAUGCCCCCAAGGAUUCCCCCAUCAAGCGUACUUUCCUGUUUGGGGCAAAAAGAAUUGACAAUGGCAGCAAGGUGACCCUGAAGAAAUCUACCAUCCAUAAGCCGCCUGAGAAGGGUUGUUCUCCACUAGCUGUUUCCAGAGAAGGGAUGGAUGGCUUGAGAGGAGAGAGGCAGGCAUGGUCCAGCGUGACCCAGAGAAAGAAAAGGCGAGACCUUUUCCCAGACUCAAAGGUUUUCAGCCACAUAGACGCUCAUGUUCUGCGUGUGAGCGAGCAGAUAAAAUCAAAGCCGGCUUUGCUGUCAGUCCAGACCAUCGUUCAGCUGAUUACUGACAAGGCCCGAGGCAAGCUGGAGACCGUGCGAGCAAUAUGGAUGUGGCUGUGUCACAAUAUCCGAUAUGAUGUGGAUGGCUUCUUAGGGUUCUCUCAGAAGAUCCAUACCCCAGAACAGGUCCUGCAGACUGGAAGAGGCGUGUGCUCCGGUUAUGCCCAUUUAUGCCAAGAAAUGUGCAGGGAGGCAGGUUUGAGCUGCAUUGAAGUGUCGGGCUAUGGGAGAGGUACUGGAUACCAACAAGGGCAAAACUGCCAACAAAAGAAAUCCAACCACAUGUGGAACGCAGUUCAGCUGGAAGGGCAGUGGUACCUGCUGGAUGCAUGCUGGGGUGCAGGCACUGUGGACACGGAGAAGAGAUUGUUUAUACCCAGGUAUGACGACUUCUUCUUUCUACCCGACCCUGAGGAUUUCAUUGAGACCCACUGGCCUGAUGAGCCGGAAUGGCAGCUUGUGCAGCCGCGUGUCUCGCUGGAAGACUUUGAACAGAGAGUUUUUAAAACGUCGGAGUUUUUCAAACUGCAGCUCUCCCUUCUCUCUCCAAACCGCUCCCUUCUCAAAACAGAACACGGAGAAGCAACAGUCUCUCUGAGGAGCACAUAUCCAGCAGAAUUUAGCUACCAUCUCUCCAAGCUCUGUGGCGACGUUAGCAAAGAAGUGUUAGGCACGACUCACGGGAUGCUGACGGUGUCUGAGAAGAGCAUGACUCUCAAAGUUUUCCCCCCUAUGGAGGGCUUGUUCGAGCUGAUGGUCUUUGCGCGCCCGUCGGAUGCUCAGAACCCUUAUAGCUGGGUGUGUUCCUAUCAGAUCAAGUGCCUAGAGUCACAUAAGAAAGAACUGCCUGAAAACCCCUUUCAUUUCUGGGGCCUCCAUCCGAAGGGGAAAGACUUUGGGAUUGAGGAAUGCAACUGCGGAGAGGACCUGAUUGUUGUUGCAACAGGAACUUUGCUGUUGACGCUACAGACAUCUAGACCCUUGCUGGCCACGUACCAGCUGGUGAAUAAAGAUCUAGACACCUCCCUGAGCACAAAGUGCCUGGCCUCUCAAGCAGAGGAGGACAAGCUGAGUUGUCACGUGCUGUGUCCUUUUCUUGGUUACUACAGGCUCUCGGUGUUUGUGAAAGAUUUAGAAGGUGACCUCUUCAAAAACGCAGCCAACUUCCUCAUUUGUUGCUCUGGUCCCAUCAACCAGAACGAGCUCUUCCCCUCUGGCCUCAGCAUGCACUGUGGGACAGGGAUCAGCACCGGCUGUAGGGGCUUUUCUAACCCCAGCCACCCUGCCGCCAUCAUCAACACCAACCAGGGUAAGUGCAACAUCACGUUCCACACCAGGGCGGACACCGAAGUGACCGCCAUCCUGAGUAAGGACAAAGUCACCAACACCAAGUACCCCAUGGAGAGAUACAUCCUGCUCACCCAUCUGGGAAACAAGGUCAGCAUCUGUAUCCUGCUUCCUGAAUCGGGCCUCUACAAAGUGGGGCUCUUCAGCAGGAACCAGGACCACAAGGACUUUGCUCACGUCUGCGACUACGUCGUCCGCUGCUUUUCCGAGCCACGGUGGCUUCCGUUCCCCCGAGUGUACAGCACGUGGAGGAGAGGCUGCAUCUUGCUACAGCCCAGGACGGGAGUGCUCCAGGAACGAAGCUGGAUCAGGUUCAGAGUCAAGCUGCCAAAAGCCUACAGAGCUCUCGUGGUCGGGCAAUCCAGGACUGAACUGCAGCCAACUCGCAGCAAGAUCUGGGAGGGGGAGGUGUACACCGGGCUCGCUGGGACUGUGCUCAAGCUGGCGGUGAAGUUCAGUCAGCAUUCCACCAGCAUGGAUGUCAUCCUGUUGUUCGAUGUGGAAGGCAGCUCCCCCAGUUCAGAGGGGGCUUCAGGGUAA